ACCAAGAUCACCUUCAGCCAGACUAGUACAAUUCUGAAUAGUCUUGUCUUUUAUUUGAUAUAUGAUGUUUUUCAAGCACCACCUUUCUUCUUAGAGGUAGACGAGCCAAUUCCUUUUGUUAUGGUCGUCUUUGGAAACCUCCAAAUCGUAGGUGGGUGCAGUGCCAUCAAGGCAGCUUGCACCUUCAGCUUUGGCACUCUCAAGAAUAUGGUGCUUGGAGGAGAUAGUGGGUUGAUGAAGGGAGAAAACGAACAAGAAACAGAUCAUGCUCUUGGAAGAAGUCAUAUGUUUCCAAGAAUCGAACUUGGAUCCUACCCCUUUGGCAUUCCUUAUCUUGCCAACUGUGCAACACCCAUCGACAUUAGAGCUGGACACGAAUGGAAAAAAGAAAGAGAUAAUGCUGUAACUUUUUUUGAGAAUUUGUUUGAGGAAUAUCAAGGGUUAUACGACACUGUACAAGAAGAAACAGCACCACCUCCGCCCCCGAAAUCAAAAAAAGGUUUUGCCGGAAUAGUCGGUGGUCUUCUUGCAAAGAAAGGGAAGCGUGCUCAUUCUUCGACGAGUUCAAGUGGUACAACAGUAAGCUCGCACAACGAACUUGCUAUGUACCAGGGUGUGCCAUGCGAUUACGAUGACGACGACGUGGAUUUUGACGUGCUCGGAUGGUGGAAGCGGAACGAACACAUGUUCCCAUGUCUCGGCAUGCUAGCAAGACAAGUGUUAUCCGUUCCGGUAUCAACCGUAGCAGUUGAACGAGAAUUCAGUGCUGGCGGCAACAUUCUAACCGACUUUCGAAGUUGUCUUAGCGCUGAAUCUCUUGAAACACUGGUUUGCAACCAAGAUUGGCUCUUGGCAAGACGUCGAGCUCAAGAGUCAUCGUACCAACUCGAAUCGGAGCAUUACAUGAAUGCAACAACAGAUGGAAGUCCGAGUUCUGAAGAAUAAGUUAUAAUUUUUUUUAUGUUAAUGUAAAUAUGUAAUUAGUUUUUUUUUAGGUGAGCGAUAUAUAAGCUCCUUCGAGGGUUUCUUUACGGUUCUUUACCUCGUCGCUUUUUUUGAACCGUCAGGAUAUUAAAUGUGAUUGUUCUUC